AUGGACACCCUGGCAGCAGCAGCCGUGGCGGCCAGCCCAGAUGCCGCAACCGGCGACAAGGCGGGCGCGGGUGGCGGCCCCGACUGGGCCUUCCCGGUGUUUGUGGGCUGCCGCCGCCCGCUACCGCCCGACGACAUCCUGUUUGAGGCAGGCAACAUCGAGCGGGAGCAGCUGGCGCGGGAGGCGGCCGUGUCGGUGGCGCGGGACGAGCGGCGCCAGCUGGCCAGGGAGGCUGAGCUGGCGGGGGAUGCCGAGCUGGCAGACCGCGUGCACGUCACAUUUGAGUGCGGGCGGUGCCACGCCGCGCUGCCCACGGCCCGCCUGCUGGACAUCCACGUGUCCGAGAUGCACGACAGCUUCUUCGCGGCGCAGGCGGCCCGCCGCAUGCCGGUCUACCUGUGCCUGGUGGAGGGCUGCGCCCGCAAGUUUUGCACGGUGGAGGAGCGCAAGCAGCACCUGACCGAGCACCACAAGUUCCCGCGCAACUAUAACUUUGACCGCAUCCACCUCAGGCGGCACAAGGCCCAGAUCCGGCCGCUGCCGCAGUACCGGAAGGGCCACGGGCGGCAGGCCAUGGCGGCCGAUGCUGAGCCAGGUGCUGCGGGUGCGCCGCCGCCCAGCGACCGGCAGGCGGCGGCGGUGGAGGGGCAGCAUGCCGAGGAGGUGGUGCAGGGCUUGUCCCGCCUCAGCAUGGCAGCAGAGACCGGCACCGUGCCCAGCGUGGUGCAUUUUGGGCGGGGGCGGGGGCGCGGCCUGGCUGGCAUCCCGCGGGGGCGGGGCGGCCAGAAAGCGCCACAGGCGCAGCCCGGUGGCGACACGUAG